CACUAUCCGUUUCAUAUGUUUAUGUACCAACAAGUGGGUUUCGUUCUUAGUUAGACAAUAGAUUAGUAUGAGCAUGAAGUCAUUGAACAGAAUGGUUUCAGAGAAAGCAUUAAAACUUGGAAAUUCAUUUCCAUGUCAAAUCUGUGUAGUUGGGAUUCUAUGUGGAAUCUGUUUCACUUCACUCUUCUUAGCAGCUCUUACUUCCCUUGGCACCUUCGAGCUCGCAGCCUUCUCUUUAUCUGCCUCCUCCUCUGCUUUUCUUCCUUACAAUUCCACUUCUCACAUUAUCCAUAUGGUUUCAAGCAUGGACCGGAAAUUGAAAUGGACGAACAAAGCUGAGAAAGGAGAUAAUGAUGAUCAAGUAAAACUUUUGGUCUCUGCUUGGGACAAUUUAGUACUAAACAAUGAAGACUUCUUGAAGAAACUAGGGAUGAACAAAUCCGAUGUACCAAACGCUCCACAUUUGGAGAAUUGUGAGGUGAUAUCACGAGUUAGGGAGCGUUUAGAUACACGGAUAGCGAACCAGUCGUUUCCUACUUGGAUCACUGGAGGAGACGAACAGAACUAUCCGUUAACUAGGAUAGUACAAAGUGAGAUAUGGAUUCAUCAACAUCCUUUGGACUGCGAAAACGAAACUGUCAAGUUCCUUGUAGUUGAUUGGGAAACACUUCCUAUUUAUGGAUCCGGAGCUCAGAUCACUGAAAUGACUGGUCUUCUCGCAAUCGCUAUAAACGAAAACCGAGUGCUUGUUGCAAAUCAUUAUAACCGAGCAGAUCAUGAUGGUUGCAGAGGUUCUUCUCGUGGAAGAUGGUCAUGCUAUUUUCUACCUGAAACGUCGGAAGAGUGUCGGAAACGCGCGUUUGCGGUUGUAAGGGAGAAAGAAGCAUGGGAGAGUGGUACUGUUACAGGGAAACAAAACUACAGCUCAAAGGUGAUAUGGGCUGGACCUAUACCAAAACUAUGGGGUAAGCCUUGGAGUUAUAUGAAGCCUACUACAGAAAUCAACGGAAGUUUAAUCUCUAAACACCGAAAAAUGGAUCGAAGAUGGUGGAGAGCACAAGCAGUGAGAUACUUGAUGAGAUUUCAAACUGCAUACACUUGCGGUUUAAUGAACGCUGCUCGAAACACCGCGUUUGGAAAAGAAGCUGCCGAGAUUGUUCUUUCAGCGGGAGAUUGGAGAAAGAACAAGAAGAAAAAGGUUAAGACAGAGAUUGAGGAACAAGUAUGGUCGAACCACAAGCCGUGGGUUCCAAGGCCAAUGCUAAGUGUGCACGUACGGAUGGGAGACAAAGCGUGUGAGAUGAGAGUCGCGGCUUUAGAAGAGUACAUGCAUUUAGCUGAUCGGAUCAAAGAUCGAUUUCCGGAGCUUAACAAGAUCUGGUUGUCUACAGAGAUGAAGGAAGUUGUGGACAAAAGUAAAGAUUAUGAUCAUUGGAGAUUCUAUUACACGGAAGUGGCGAGACAAGUUGGUAAUAAGUCGAUUGCUGAGUAUGAAGCUAGCCUUGGGAGAGAGACAAGCACGAACUAUCCUCUUGUUAACUUCUUAAUGGCGUCAGAAGCUGAUUUUUUCGUUGGAGCUUUGGGUUCCACUUGGUGUUUCCUCAUCGAUGGUAUGAGGAAUACUGGUGGGAAAGUCAUGUCCGGUUAUCUUAGUGUCAAUAAAGAUCGGUUCUGGUAACUUUAUUGGUUAUGCUAUGUACAAAACAAGACUCCUCUUAUUUUUAUUUCUUUUUCUUAAUGUAGUGAUUUUUUUUUUUAAGUUUCUUCACCAAUGAAAAGUUUAGGAUGUUUCCCCA